AUGCCAGCGUCGGAUUUACGCAACGGCGGUUUUGUCUCGGUCGGGACUCACCACCUUUUCGCCACGCUGAGCGGCAUUUCUCGGAUUGCUGGGCACCCGCUCGUGAUUUUUAUCCCUGGCGCGGGGGAUGUGGCUUCGUCCUACUGCGCCGUCGCACGCCGAGUCGGCACCUUUGCGACGCUCCUGUUAUACGACCGGGGUGGAUUAGGCCGCAGCGAAAAUGGUCCAGAUUCAGUGCUUCAUCGCGCCACUACGGCCGCCCAAGAACUGCACACACUACUUGAUCAGGCGCAGCUGUCACCUCCCUAUCUUGUUGUCGGACAUUCCUAUGGCGCGAUCAUCGCACGCGAAUUCCUUCAUCUCAAUCCUCGAGCAGUGGCUGGUAUGGUCCUUGCGGAUGGCUCGACAGAACGGCAGCCUGAGCUCUUGCAAGAUCCCGACCUUGAUAUUUCUGCGGUGCAGGGCGGAUUGAAUUUCGCACAGGUAACUGGUCUGCGGGUCAACGCGCAGUUGUCGCGGGAGGAGUGGCGGACGCGGGCAAAGGAUAUUGCUCGCGGGCAGCACACCUGGGCAGCCGAGGCCAAUGCUUUAGUAGAGCUCUGUCAGACUCUGGGGGCGAAAGAGCAGUAUCGACACCAAGCAUUAGGGGAGAAGCCGCUGUCGGUGAUUCGGUGUCGUGGGUCGCUGGACUACCGAAAGGUCUACGAAGCGGGUGUGGCUGCGGGCAAUGGUAGUGAAGCACAGCAGAAAGCAUUUGAGCGCCUGCUGGAGCGCUGGGAUGGAUUGGAUCAAGCGAUGCAAGAGGACCAGCUGCACUUGUCGAGUCGAAGCCGCCUGGUGUAUUUGGAAGACUGUGGGCAUCAUGUCCAUUUGUUGCGACCGGAAGUGGUCGCUGACGAAGUAGGAUGGGUGCUAGGUAUGAUCAUAGGAGAGCAGAAUUGGCGACUUUAA